AUGAACAUAAAAAUUAAACAAGUGAUAGCAGGACAACCCAUAAAUAAUGGAGGAUCUAGAUAUAAUUAUUCCUGUGAUAUAGAAAACUAUCACUUGCAUACAUACUGUAAAGCUUUGGGAUGA